GGCUCGUCAAGCUGCCCACACCCCCUUCGGUUGGCUGUCUCUGUCGCCCGUUCAAAUCCCUCGCAUUCCCCGCGCGCCGCCUCUCUCCUGUCCAAUACACGAACUGAAACGCACAUCUCUCACCCACUCACGCAGCAUGGGUUUCAUCGCGCGCGUCUUCGGGACCAUCCCGUAUGGCCUGGCUUUCUGCUGCGCCGCCAUCGUUCUCGGCUUCUACUCGUACUUCCUCGCCGUCCUGUCCGACCGGGACCGUCCCAUCCCGACGUGGGAAAAGGCCGUCGAAGGCAUUUCCGGCGCCGGCGUCUUCUACACCCUCGUGGCCUGCGUCCUGACGCCGUGCUUUGGCGGCGUUAGCUUCCUGGCCUUCCUGUGCAUGGUCCUCGACGUUGCCUUUUGCGGCGCCUUUAUUGCCCUGGCCGUCCUGACGCGUGACGGCCUGGGCGCCUGCACCGGCACCAUCGACACGCCCUUGGGCAAGGGUAAUGCCGAGACGGGCGAGGGCUACGGCAGCAAGGGCUUCGGCGUGAACAACGGCGAGAACGCUACCUACCAAGCCCGGUUCGGCACGGCCUGCAUGUUCAACAAGGCCUGCUGCGCCGUCUCGAUCAUUGGAGCCGUGCUGUUCCUCCUCUGCGCUGUUGUCGAGUUCUUCCUGGCCCGCCGCCACAAGAAGGAAAGCCGCUUCGGCCCGUCGCCGGCCAACAACUACACGUCGGGCACGGGCAAGGGCCCCUUCUGGAAGCGCAACAAGACGGCGCCCAAGAGCCCGGACUCGGAACUCGGAACGUAUGGCGCCGGUGCUCCCGCUUCGCUCGCUCCCACUAACAACGUCGACACGCGCCCUAGCGCCGACACGGCUUACACCGGCUCUACCGUCGGCGCAAACGACAACAACUACGGCGGCAACUACAAGCCCGAUAACCGCACCUCCGGCUACUACACCCAGCCUACUGGCACCGCUAUGGGUAACCCUUACGGCUACGAUAAGAGCGCUUAUUAA